AUGGCUUCUUUAACAACAGGCGUAAGUGAACCAACGAUAAUUUCACCGACGAAAUUUGAACCCAAGUUUCGUUUCAAUUUUGAGUUAAAACUGACAGAGGAACAAAAAUGGGUUGACAAACAUCCCUUCGACAUGCCUCAUAAUGCUCCUGGAGUUGAAUUCACAAUCACAGCAGAAUUUAAUAAGGAAACUUCUAAACUAGAUUUAAAAAUAUCAAAAAAUAUUACCGAAAUCGCUAUCGCUAUUGUUGAGAUAACCAUACCCGGGAUGGAAUCUUUAAUCAAAGAUGUAUCUAAAUGGAAAAAUAACAUUUGUUUCGACGGUAUUCCGAUACCCUUUUACUUCGAUAUAUGUUCUAAAGUUAAUAAUUUUUGUGACUUAAACGAAUCAAGUGAGCAUAAAUAUUGUGUACCAAUCAGUUGCUCAGUAAUAUGGUACGGGUUUCUUUACGAAUUCAGAGAUUCAGAUUCAUACUAUACGAAAUUAAGAGAAAAAUACAACAAAGAUUCCAGUGACAUCAUAAUUAAAGUCGAAGAUACUAAAUUUUGUUCUCACCGGUUUCUUUUAAGCAAAACGAGUCCGAUAUUCAAAGAAUUACUUUUGAGCGAUAUUAAUACAGAAGAUAACUCUGUACACAUUCAAGACGUUGACGCGGAAGUCAUGAGAGAAUUGUUAUCUUUCUUGUAUUAUGGUAGGCUAAAAAAUGCUGUUAAAGAUCGAAAUUUGACAUUGAAAGUAUUCAAGGCAGCAUCACUCUAUAAAUUAUCAAAACUAGUAAAUGUUUGUGCGCUGUUAUUGACUAAUGAUUUGACAAAAGACAAUGUCAACAUUGACAUAUUGUUAAGACCUAAGAAAAUGGUAUACGGCUUUAAGGGGUCUAAGGGUCUAAAAACUCUAAAGCAAGACAAUACAAACCAGACGAAUCACACUAAUGGAACCCAAGAUAAACGAGAAAAACUAACCAACAUGACGGAAGUAACAGAAGGAGCGUCUCCAUUAACUAAGUUUUCCUUCAAUUGUGAAUUAGAGUUAACUAAACAAGACGGAUGGGUAGAUUCUGAAAUUUUUCAUACUGACAGCGUUCCUGGAGUAGACUUCAAAAUUUCAGCAUACAUCAAUUACCGUUCUACUCAUAUGAACGUAAAAAUAACUAAAAGUGAACCCGGAGCUGCAACUGCCAUUGCUGAAAUGACAAUCUUCGAUAUGCCGCUUAUACUUCGUGACAUCACGGGAUGGACGGACACAUAUUAUUUCAAUGAGCUUCCACUAGCUAUUCAUUCGGAUAAAUGUCCAAAAAAAGAUACACACUGUGAUCCAUCUAGCUUAGGUGAGCAUAAGUAUAGUGCUAAAAUUAACUGCUCAAUAACGUGGCUUGGAUUUACCGACGACGAUUAUUACUCAAGCUCUGUAUACAAUGACGUUAUAAAAUUCUGUCGUAAGGAAUCCAGUGAUGUAAUUUUAAAAGUCGAUGAAAUCGACUUUUUAGCACAUAAAAUACUUUUACGGACAGAAAGUGAAGUCUUUCAAAAAAUAUUAGAUGCGGAUCUUGAAGAGAAGUGUAUCUGUUUAUCUGAUCUUGAAAUCGAUGUCAUUCAAGAGUUAUUAGCGUUUUUAUAUAAUGGAAAACUCAAAGCAUCUACUAAUGAAGAAUUAGCAGUGAGGCUUUUUAAAACCGCUUGUGUAUAUAAAUUUUCAAAAUUAAAAAAUGUAUGCGCACUAAUUUUAAGUAAUAAACUAACUCUUGAUAAUGCGUUAAUGAUGGUAAAGAUAGGAACUCUUUACAGUUCAUCAUUGUUGAGAGAAAGAGCUAUCACUUUUCUGAAGACUCAUAAAUUAGAAAUAUUAAAAUCAAAUGAUAUUUUAACUCAAUUAACACUCGAAUAUAAUGUUGUAUAUAAAAAAAAGUUUAAUAAAUUUUUAUAA